CUAGAGAGCCAAAGCACUUGUCUUUUGAACUACAUUCAAGGCAAUUAGAGACUGGGAUUAAACAAACACCCAACACCAGCAUCUCAGCAGCAAAAGGGAUUAUCCUGGUUGGCUGGGGCAUGGAGCUGUGGUGAGGCCAGGUUGUCUCUCGGUGGAGAUCUCCCUGUUCCGCUUGCUCAAGUCCAGCAGAGAGGCAGAGACUGUCCCCAGCCAUAAUGGGCACCCUGAGGUGGCUCUUCUGGGCUGGGCUGGGCUAUCUGAGCUGUUGCUGUCUCCUCCAGGUGCAGGCACAGUUCCCUCGUGCCUGCAUGACAGUGGAUGCCCUUCGCUUGAAGCGCUGCUGCCCAGCCUUGGGGAUGGAGCCAGGCAACAUCUGUGGGUCCCUCCAGGGCAGGGGACGAUGUCAGGAGGUGCAGGCAGACACUCAGCCCUGGAGUGGCCCCUACACCCUUCGAAAUGUGGAUGACCGAGAGCGGUGGCCUCUCAAGUUCUUCAACCAGAGCUGUCAGUGUACAGGAAACUUUGCUGGCUAUAACUGUGGUGACUGCAAGUUUGGCUGGACUGGCCCUGAUUGCAAUGUGAGGAAGCCACCAGUUGUCAGGAAAGACGUCCACUCCCUUACAACAGAGGAGAGAGAGCAGUUCUUCAAUGCUCUAGAUCGUGCAAAGACAACCAUUCACCCAGACUAUGUAAUUGCAACUCAGCACUGGAUGAGUCUGCUUGGUCCCACCGGAGAGGAACCACAAAUUGCCAACUGUAGUAUUUACAACUACUUUGUCUGGCUUCAUUACUACUCAGUCAGAGAUACACUGUUAGGACCUGGCCGCCCCUUCACAGGUAUUGAUUUCUCCCAUCAAGGACCUGCCUUUGUUACUUGGCAUAGGUACCAUUUGCUGUUGCUGGAGAAAGACCUACAGCGACUGAUGGGCAAUGACUCCUUCGCACUGCCCUACUGGAACUUCGCCACAGGUAGAAACGAGUGUGAUGUCUGCACAGACCAGCUUUUUGGAGCAUCACGGCCAGAUGACCCAGGGCUGAUUAGCCUGAGUUCCAGAUUCUCCCAGUGGCAAAUAGUUUGCAACAGCUUGGAUGACUACAACCGCCUGGUCACGCUCUGCAAUGGGAGUGAUGAAGGGCCGCUGCGGCGGAGGCUUCCCGAGGGCUCCAGUGAGCAUCUGCCCACUGCAGAGGAUGUCAGGAGGUGCCUUUCCCUGCAGGAGUUUGACAGCCCUCCCUUUUUCCGCAAUUCCAGUUUCAGUUUCAGGAAUGCGCUGGAGGGCUUUGAUAAACUGGGUGGAGCCCUUAACUCAUCGAUGCUGAGCCUUCAUAAUCUGGCUCACUCUUUCCUGAAUGGGACCAGCGUUCUCCCUCAUGCAGCUGCCAAUGAUCCUAUCUUUGUGGUUCUUCACUCCUUUACUGAUGCCAUCUUUGAUGAGUGGAUGAAGCGAUUUAACCCCCCUGACAACGCCUGGCCUGGGGAGCUGGCCCCCAUUGGUCACAACAGACUAUAUAACAUGGUUCCUUUUUUCCCUCCUGUGACCAACAAUGAGCUCUUCCAAACAGCAGAGCAGCUUGGUUACACCUAUGCCAUUGAUCUGCCAGGUUCCCUUGAAGAAACCCAAGCAUGGGCUGUCAUGGUUGGAUCCACAAUUGGAGGAGCGCUUGUAGCUCUGGCUGCGAUCAUUCUGAUGCUUGUGCUUUUCCAGCAUCGACGGCAGAGAAGAGGUUUUGAACCACUGAUGAAUGUGCGCUUCAGCCCCAAAAAAUACAUGGAAGAGGCCUAGUGCCCUCACUUUGUUCCUUUGCUUAUUCUUGUAGGGAAUGACCUUGAUUGCUUUGUUUUUGAGAUCUUAGCUACAAAUUUAUCAAACGCUCCUUUGGCAGCUGAUUACAUUGUUAUCAUUCAGGUUUUUGCAUUAUCUUGUGAAUUGUAAGAUAAGAUGUCUCU